GGGCUCCGUGCGCGGCGGGGUUGGCGGCUAUGGUGCGCUCGGCGGGAGUUACAGAGGCUAGGCUUUUCCGAGACGUCUCCCCGCGGGUUCCUGUUGCAGCUCGGCCACGCUGCACUGGGCUAUCCCGGUCCCCUCACCCCGACUCGAACCUCCCCGCGUCUGGUCUGGGGGCUUCGCUGCCGCCGAGACUCGAGCACCGCCGCGCCUCCGGAGAAAGGAGUCCCGGAAGUCCGCAGGGCUUCGAAGGAGAAGCCUGUGCCUUCUGGAAGGUAAAGGCCAUGUCGCCUCCUGGGAAAGUUCCACGGAAGGAGAACCUGGGGCUCCAGUGUGAGUGGGGGUCCUGCUCCUUUGUUUGCUCAGCCAUGGAGGAGUUCUGCGAGCACGUCACUCAGCACCUGCAGCAGCACCUACACAGCCCCGAGGAAGAAGAGGGAGAGGAGGACGAGGACAACCCACUUGAAGAAGAAUUCUCCUGCUUGUGGCAGGAAUGUGGCUUCUGCUCUCUGGAUAAUUCAGCUGACCUCAUCCGCCACGUCUACUUCCACUGCUACCACACCAAGCUCAAACAGUGGGGGCAACAGGCCUUGCAAAGCCAGGCCGACCUCAGCCCCUGUAUCCUGGACUUCCAGAGCCGGAACAUCGUCCCUGACAUUCCUGACCACUUCCUGUGUCUGUGGGAACAUUGUGAGAGCUCCUUCGACAAUCCUGAGUGGUUCUAUCGGCAUGUGGACGCGCACUGCCUGUGCUGUGACUACCAAGCAGUCGGCAAGGACAACCACGUCGUGCUGUGUGGCUGGAAAGGCUGUACCUGCACCUUCAAGGACCGCUGUAAGCUUCGGGAGCACCUCCGUAGCCACACUCAGGAAAAGGUGGUGGCCUGCCCUACCUGCGGGGGCAUGUUUGCCAACAACACUAAGUUCUUAGAUCACAUCCGUCGCCAGACCUCCUUGGACCAGCAGCGCUUCCAGUGCUCUCACUGUUCUAAGAGAUUUGCCACGGAGCGACUGUUGAGGGACCACAUGCGCAACCAUGUGAAUCACUAUAAGUGCCCUCUGUGUGACAUGACCUGCCCACUGCCUUCCUCCCUCCGCAACCACAUGCGCUUUCGCCACAGUGACGACCGGCCCUUUAAAUGUGACUGUUGUGACUACAGCUGCAAGAAUAUGAUUGACCUCCGGAAACACCUGGACACCCACAGCAAGGGGCCGGCCUACAGGUGUGACUUUGAGAACUGCAGCUUCAGUGCCCGCACCCUCUGCUCUAUCAAGUACCAUUACCGAAGAGUGCAUGAAGGAGACUCUGAGCCAAGGUACAAGUGUCAUGUGUGUGACAAGUGCUUCACGCGCGGCAACAACCUCACUGUGCAUCUUCGUAAGAAGCACCAGUUCAAGUGGCCCUCAGGGCACCCCCGUUUUCGGUACAAGGAGCAUGAAGAUGGCUACAUGCGGCUGCAGCUGGUUCGCUAUGAGAGCGUGGAGCUGACACAGCAGCUGCUACGGCAGCCACAAGAGGGCUCGGGCCUGGGAGUGGCGCUGAGUGAGAGCAGCCUGCAGGGCAUCAUUCUAGAAACAGAGCUGGGGGAGCCAGGACCGGAAGAAGAGGCAGAAGGAGGGAGUGGGCACAGUGAAGGCACAGCCCUCUCUGCCUCUCAGGACAGCUCAAGCCCUGUUAUCCAUGUGGUGAAUCAGACCAGCGCCCAAGGCCAUCGAGAGAUUGUGUACUACGUGUUGUCCGAAGCCCCGGGAGAGCCACCCCCAGUCCCUGAGCCAGCCUCAGGGGGCUUGGAAGAAAAACUUCAAGGAGGAGCUGAGGAGCCCGAGGUCCAGAUGGCAUGAAGGCUACCAAGUCUGAUCAUUCCUAACCUGGGCCUUGGGGAUUGAGCCAGGCAGAUAGUAGUGUCCCCAGUGGGCAGCCUUUGCCAAUGAAUGCCUUCAGGAGUGGUGCUGAGAACAGUGUGGUCCUCUGUGGGCCGGGUUUGCAUCAUUCUGCAGAUUCUAAGAACUUCCAAUUUUAGCCACACUGCAUUUUGUAGGGAUCCUGAGGAGUUUGGAUUCUUUGAGGGGAUCCUGGAUGUAUGUGUUAUUGUUGUGGGGUUCUUGUUAUCAGUCUUAACUAUAACCCCCUCAGUGUUCUGGACAGUAGUUAAGUUCUUAGUGAACUCACAUCCAUUCCCAUCUUUAGGAGUCCACAGGCCCAAAGAUGCUGAAUGGUUUGUCGCUUACAAGGGCCCUUUCCUCCAUACCAUUUAAGGCAUUGAAAACCAGGCAGCCAUUUCUCUCAAGGGUUCCUCGAAAACCCAGGGACAUUUGUGGUUAUCCUCAGGGACAGCAUUGGAGGCAGUGUGUGUGUGUGUGUGUGUGUGUGUGUGUGUGUGUGUGUGUGUAACCAUUGUUUUUGGUAAUAAAGAAACACUUGGGUUCUUACUUCUCUAAGUUUUGUGGCAGUUAAGUAGGUGAUGAAGAUACAGCUUCCCAAAAGAGGAGCUGAAUAUUUAGUCUUCUUUCCCUUUUACUGAUGGAGGUGGUUUGUUUAAUUCUCAUGUUGUUCCCCUUUGGUGGAACUUUUUUUUUUGAGACAGGGUCUCGCUAUGUAGUUCAGGCUGGGCUUGAACUCAUUAAGUAGCCCAGGCUG